CCCCCUCCCCCAAAAACAUAAAGCCAGUAAAUUCCUUUGGGUUAUUUUAACCUCUACUUUUUGGUUGCAUAACUCUAAGUGUGAAGUAACGUAAAUGACACUGGACAGUCAUUCAAGAAGGCCGGUUCCUCAGGAACAUACCUCAGAAUAUAAACAGUCCCCUGAGAGCCAAGAAAAAAAAGAGGCGAGCUGGAGCAGAACACGGUCACCGGGUGUGCCUUAGUCGCGUGCGGCGACGAGUCCGUGCGGUGUCACCACCACCACGCGCGAUCAUUGAGCGGCGCGGAAAUCACGAAUGGUGAUUUACACGUCCAUGAUCGUGUACAGAUGUGACUUUCGGCUGUGGGAGUGUGAAGAAAAGCGAAUCAGAGGAGGUAAAACCCGAGAGGAGUGACGAGAGAGAGAGAGAGAGAGAGACACCGCGCGCGGACGGCUCGAGAUUCGCGGGCUUAUUCACAACACACAGCACCGCGCACAUGGACACUUGAUACGCUCCCUAUUGCAGUUUGAUUCACCUGUUACAUCUUAUAGCCCCCCCCCCCCCGAUUUGGCACCCUUCCCUGUCUCCCCCGCUGUGAGCCAUGCGGCGGUUCAGCUCUGAGGGCUCUCUGUUGGACCUGGACUUUCUCCCUUGGAAGAGGGUGUCCCCCUUAAAAUCUGACUAUGCGCAAGAUGGUGUGUCCAGCACCUGCGUGCUGCAGCAGGGUGCUGACAUGGUCGACGGUCGAGCGACGGCCCCGCAGGCGCAUGCACAGGGGGAGCUGUGUAAGGAUCACAGCUUCAGCACUGAGAAUGUAAUGGAUCUGGAGAAGCUGGAACCUGGGGCUGGGUUCCUGGGCGUGGCACCCAUCAGCGAGGGCUGCCGGGCCUACAGCGACAGCCAGCUGGCCCCUGGCGCGCCCCACCGUGAGGCAGCUGGUACGGAGGAAACCUCUUCCUCCACCUCCUCGCCUAGCUUGGCCACCUCUUUCUCCUCCAGAUAUGUCCACAAACAGCACACCAAGGCCAAGCUGACAUCAGCCAAGCUCCACCUGAAGAGUCUGUUCGGACAGAAUCACCAUGCCCACCACUCAAACACAGUCAGUUCAGAACAGAGAGAUCACGAGAGCAGAACCAGAGAGAGAAGGUCCCGUCUGCCGUUUUUCCGGCAGUGGAGCCAGGUGGGCCCCAGCAACGCAAGGCUGAGUCGAGAGGAGCUGCAGAAAUGGCGGGAGUCUCUGAGUGCACUGCUGGCCAGUCGCAUGGGCGUGUCUGUGUUUGGUGCAUUCCUACGCUCUGAGUUCAGUGAGGAGAACCUGCAGUUCUAUCUGGCCUGUGAGCAGUACAGACACUCCUCCAACAACUUCAGCCUGCAGAGGAGGGCAAGGGACAUAUGCUCCACCUACAUCCAGCCGGGCUCGCCCAGAGAGGUGAACCUGGACUGUAAGACCAGAGAGCUCACCUUGCAGCUGCUCCAGGCACCAUCCCGCAGCUCCCUGUUACAUGCGCAGCGCCGCAUUUACUCGCUGCUGGACACUGACUGCUACCCCCGCUUCCUGCAGUCUGGCCUCUACCAGUCCCUGCUCAGGGAUGCCUACUAGCAGGAGCAAGACUGUGGGGGGAGUAGAGCAGGGAGGGGAAGUUGCCUUCUGUAUAUGAGGGCUAUAGGUAGUGGGUUGAGUGACUGGGCAUUGGAGAGAGGCAGCCAUCUCCCAUUAGUCAGAGCUGCUUCUCAAAGCCCGCAUAUCAUAUCUAGUUGAUUUCUUCAAUUUUUUUAGUUCCUUGGUGACUUACACCAAAAGUAGGUCACACGGUCUACUGAGCACAACCAAAACAUUACUCUGGAGGGGGAAAACACUUCAGGAGUGUAAAAGGUCUGCUCCCUUUGUAAGUUGCUUAUUCUGAGGAGGAUAGACCUUUUAUAUCUCUGCCAACACUGUAAAAUUACUCAUGUUCGGUAUCUUUGGUAGGUACCAUGAAGGGUCUGAACAACUUUAAAAGAUAUUGUUAGGAUAUUCUUAGAGGAAUCUUGGGUUCAGAAGAAAAUGAGAUGAUGGCAAGUUGGGGAAUUUUGUCCCAAACGGCAAACUCCAUCUUAUCGCUAUAUCUCCUCUCCCACAAUGCACUGCUGUGCUGUCGUCAAAAGAGUUGCAUUCCUGUCCUCUGUCAACCAAUCAGUUUAGUUCUUCUGGUGCCCUCGUCUACAAGACGAGCACUGCAUCCGUUCAGAUAUGCAUCUUGUCAUGAGAGAUACUUUCCUUGGUAGGCCUUGCCAAGUUCCCAUGUUAUCACUGCACUGAGAGAGCACCAGAUAAAUACAGGAUAUAUUUAUACAGUUGAUUUAUAUUUCACGUAAUGGCACAUUUUAUGUCUUGAGUCUACUUGAAAGAAGGGCAUUUAGAAAAUAAAAGAUGAUUUUUAUAUGUAAA